ACCAUUCAAUUCAUUCUCUCAAACUGUUUCUGUGAUCCAUUUCAAUUUUCAGUCCGAAGAUCCAAAUGGCAGAUAUUGCAAAAACAAUAUUUGAUACCGGCCUCACAUGCUGGGAUCGGACAGCUACGUACCGGAAGUAUAUCCGGCAUCUUGGGGACAAUUUGACUGCUCUCAAGAUCAAGACAGAAGAACUGGGCCAUGUCUAUGAUGAUGUGACAGCUGAAGGAGAAGGAUGGAUCCGGAAGAGCGGUGCAGCUGGCUGGCUGGAGAGGGUGAAAACCCUCAAGGAGGAAGUCGACAAGAAUUUGACGGAGGGGAAGCAGACAAUGGGGAAGAAUUGCCUGUGUGGUCUCUGUUUCAGCAAUUGCCGUGCACGUUACGCGCAGUCGGAGCUUGCUGAGGGAAAGAAAGCUGAGCUAGAAACCGAACUGCACCAGGCCUCUAACUUCAAAGUAAAGGAUGAUGUUGCAUACGAGCCUCCUGAUUUGAUCCUCAGGAGAUCCCUUGAGGCACUUCGCCAGAAGAGGGAUGAGCUGCAAGGUGUAUUUGAAACGGUGAAACAACGCGUUAAGUGGGAAGAAGAUCGGCACUUGGUUAGAACACCAGAAGUCCGCGGAUGGUUGGACAGAGUCAAGCUUGUUCUCGAGAAGGAAGUAAGGGAAAUUCUCAAGCAAGGGGCAGUGGAAAUGGCCAAGAGCUGCAAGGGAGAGGGUGAGGACUCUCAGUCUCAAAGGAAUUCAACCAGCAUAUCAAUACGUGCAGAAGCGAAGAGAGCUAUAUUGGAAGAACAGCUCAUAGCAGGUCGUGGUUUCACUGUUUUUUCCUGUAGGCCUGAUGAUUAUCUGAUGGUUGCGAGAACCCUUGAGCCCCCUGUGGGCGGCAAUGCCAUGUUUGAGGAGGUGUGGAAUUGGGUUGAGGAUGAAACAAUUAGUUGCAUUGGGAUAUUCGGGAUGGGUGGUGUUGGAAAGACCGUCCUACUGGACAGAGUCUACAAUCAAUUCCUUCAUCCUAGCCAUGAUUAUGACUUUGUACUUCGGGUCGUGGCAUCUAGACCAGCAAACUUGGAUGAAAUUCAGAACACCAUCUGGAAAAAAUUGAAGCUUCCAGAAGAUGAAUGGAAUUUCCACAAUAGACAAGGCAGAGCUGACAUCAUCCAAAGCUUGAUGAGGGAAAAGAACUUUCUUCUGUUUCUAGAUAACCUUUGGGAUCACAUAGAACUUUUGACUGAUCUUGGGAUCCCUCGCGACCAUCCAAAAAAAUGUAAGAUUAUAUUCAAUACUCGAGACGAGGGAGUUUGUAGUAGCAUGAAACCGAACAGGACUAAGAAGAUGGAGUGUUUGCCACAGGAUGAAGCUCUUCAACUGUUCCGGCAAAAGCUAGGAGAAAAAACCUGGCGCACUCAUCCAAAAAUUCCUGAGAUAGCAGCGACAAUGAUCUGUCAGUGCAAGUACCUCCCGCUCGCUGUUGUUACAAUGGCACGAAUCAUGACUGGUGCAAUGGAAUUGAAACGUUGGGUGGAAGCUGAAGAAAGUCUGAAAAUUCGUUUGUCUAAAUUUCCAGAUAUGGAGAAGGAAGUGCUUACGAAACUGGAAUAUAGCUACGACAGUCUGCCCGAUGAAACCCAUAAAAGAUGCUUUUUGUAUAUGUCGAUGUUCCCGGAGGACCAGGAUAUUUGUGAAGAUGAUGCCAUUGAGCUCUGGAUUGGGGAGGGAUUUCUCGAUGGAUGUGUUGACGUUCAUGAAGCACGUGCUGAAGGGGCAAGGAUACUUAGAAGCCUUAGGCAUGCAUGUUUAGUGAAGUACGUAAAACGUGCACGUCAAUUUGGAGCCUUCAUCAAGAUGCAUGAUGUUGUCCGAGAAAUGGCCUUGUGGAUAGAGUCGAAACAGGGAUCAAUGAAGAAUCGAACUUUUGUCCAAGGCGGAGAGUUUUACAAAUGGAAGGAUGCAGACAGGAUACUCCUAUGUGGUGGGGAUCAAAGUUUUCACAGUUCCCUCGCAACUGUAUCAUGUUCCAGUCUUUCAACUUUGAUACUAAGGGGCACGAACUGGACGGAAAUCCCAGAUGAAUUCUUCUUAUGCAUGCCCAGUUUAAAAGUCUUGAAUCUGUCGCGUAACUCUCUUCUGGAAAAUUUGCCGAAGAGUCUUUGGAAGUUGAUAAACCUGAGAUACCUAAAGAUAGAUGCUUUUAGGCGCCUGAUUGUGGUCCCAGAGGAGAUUAAGAACUUGAAAAAGUUGGUGGUGCUGAUUUUACCACGAACUGUUGUACUGCCAGAAGAAACCAUAUCGAAUCUCUCCUCUCUAAGAGUGUUCCACUGGUCCAAUUUAUCUUUGCCUCAGAGAUUGGAUGGAUACUCUGAGAUGGUAUUAUUAGAGGAUCGAAGAAUGCAGGCUGUGGAGGAAAUAUGCCUAACUCUAGGCUCACCCGAAGGCAUCGAUAAGUUUUUGAGCUGCCCAGAAGAGCUGCAUGGCCAUUCGAGAGGACUCUCUCUCUAUCAAUGCUUUGGGUUGCCCACACUAAGGAUCUCAGCGUCAUCAGUGAGAAGAUUGGGGCGAAACCUGCAGUUCCUUAAUUUGUUUAACUGUAGAAUCGGACAGAUUCACAUAAGCGGUGACGAUGAGGGCUCUCAGGGAAGUCAUGCAGGAUACCCAUAUUCGGAAUCCGAUGCUCCUAAACCUUCAAGGUUUGCAAGUCGGGAUGGUUUCUAUAGCCUUAGGGAUGUAACCAUUAGCGGCUGUGGAGAAUUACAAGAUGUGACAUCGCUAAUUUAUCACGCUCCUAACUUGGAGUCACUCAGAAUCAGUCAUUGUCAGUCGAUGAGUGAAGUGAUCGCCUGCGAUAUUGAAGAAACCGAUACAACCAAUAAUAGUAUAUUCCAAUGUCUUACCUUUCUCCAGUUAAGCUUCCUCUACCGAUUGGAAAGCAUCUGCAUGAGAGCCUUGCCUUUUCCUUCACUCAAACAGAUCGAAGUCUUUGGCUGCCCAAACCUGAAGAAGCUCCCAUUGGAUUGCAACAGUGCGAAUAAUACUUUACAAACUAUUGAAGGAGAAGAGGAGUGGUGGGAAGACUUGGAAUGGGAUGAUCCUGCCUGUGAAGGAGUUUUCUCCUCAAAAUUUGUCAGGAAGGAAGACGAAUGAUAUAUCCACGAGGAUGUUAUGAAUUGAAGCAAUUGCAAGGAAUGAGACUUGUCCCACAUUGAUUGUAUGGGCAAUUGAUAGAGGGUUUAUAAGCUAAAUGGCCUGUCCCACAUAAUAUAUUGUUCUUUUGGGCCGGGCUGUCCCAUUUAGUCUAUAACAACUGGUAUCAGAGCCAAACCUCGGAGUGGUAGCAUGGGGUGCUGGCCGUGACCAAUAGACAAUUCACUCUGUUUCUGGUUGUUCAGUCUAUGAUUCGUUUCCAUCUUUCUGUUUUUUUGCUAAGAAACUGUGGUCUGUGUCUUUUAUGAAAUCCGUUGAUCCGCAUAAUAAGUCUGUAAUAUUUCCUUGUGGUUUUGCAGUUUGAGAGUUAACAUUUCUUCGGUUGAGCUAUGUGAAUUUCACUGUUCUACUGAUUUUGAGUUUUAAAGAAA